AUGGCGGCAACCUGCAACCGCAAGGUUGUGACUACGGCCAUUGCGGCAUCUGUGGAUGCCGCUUCCAAGGCUGCAUCCGAGCCUGGGGUUGCGUUCGUUGUUCCCGAAUCCAUGUACUUGAAGGAUGCCACAAAGGAGGCUGAUUUUGCAUCCUUUCCGUUGAUUCCAGUAACUGUCAACAAGGAGACCCAGGCCGUGACAGAAUCUUCUUCUCGCUUGACCGAGGAAAUCAUCAAGGAACACACGGGCGCUCUUGGCUCGAUCUGUUAUGUGGUCCAGACGGGAGUCGACGACAAGGGGUUGGCAGAAUUCACGGAAUUCUACCCAUAUCCCCUCUACAAAGACGCCGAGUUGAACUUUUACAAGGCACUAGGUAGUCGCAAGUUAUCCAUCCCGUUCAACCCAUUCAAGCUGGUGGGAGGAAUCUUCUCGCUGAUUGGCAUCAGUGGACGUCUCAAGGAAAAGAAAAUUGAAGGGAAUUUGGUGGGAGAAGGUAUCAAGCAAGGAGGUGUCAUUAUCUUUGACAAACUGGGCAAGCCCAAGUUUGCUUACUACGAAAAGACGGGAAAGGAGCUUCCUGUCGAUGACAUUUUGGCUGCUUUGCAAGCAGUCAAGAAUGAACAGAAACAACUGAAUGGACAGUAG